GUUGUGUGUAGAGAGCUGGACUGUGGGGCUCCUGUACAGGUGCUGGGAGCAGCUGCUUUUGACAAAGGAGACGCUCAGAUGUGGACACAAGAGAUUCAGUGCAGAGGAAAUGAGUCUCAGAUUCACCUCUGUUCUACAUCACUGGCACACAAAUACAACUGUUCUGAUGACAAUGAUGCUGUACUGGUGUGUGCUGACCAUGUGAAUGUGAGGUUGGUUGGUGGCCACAAUCGCUGUGCUGGUCGAGUGGAGGUUCUUCAUAGAGGUCAGUGGGGAACAGUGUGUGAUAAUUUUUGGGAUUUGCCUGAUGCUGCAGUGGUGUGUAGAGAGCUGGACUGUGGAAAACCUCUAGAUGCUCUGGGAGCUGCUUAUUUUGGACCAGGAUCGGGACCGAUCUGGAUGGGUAUUGUCUUUUGUACUGGAUCAGAAUCUACACUCAAGAAUUGUGGAUCAGCUGGAUGGGGUUUACAUAACUGUAAUCAUAAUAGAGAUGCAGGAGUCAAUUGUUCAGAUUAUAAUCAUUCCAGACUUACUAUUGGACCUCACCUCUGCUCUGGGAGAUUGGAGAUACUUCAUGAUCAGACGUGGAUGUCAGUGUGUGACACUGUCUUUGACCAGCAGGAUGCAGAGGUUGUGUGUAGAGAGCUGGACUGUGGGGCUCCUGUACAGGUGCUGGGAGCAGCUGCUUUUGGCAAAGGAGACGCUCAGAUGUGGACACAAGAGAUUCAGUGCAGAGGAAAUGAAUCACACAUUCACCUCUGUCCAACAUCAACUUUACAUGAAAUCACCUGUUCACAUGACAAUUAUGUGGGAGUGAUGUGUUCUGGUUACACUGAUCUCAGACUGGUAAACGGUCCAGAAUCUUGUUCUGGUCGAGUUGAACAUCAGUACUUCAGUAAAUGGGGCACAGUGUGUGAUGCAUGCUGGGAUAUGAGAGCUGCCAGUGUCCUCUGUAGACAGCUGAAUUGUGGGAUUGCUGUGUCUGUUGUGGGA